ACGUCAACAACGACGAUGAGUGUUCUCUCAAGCUUCCAUAAAUCAUGGAAUAGUUUGAUUCUCGCAAGUCAACGUUGCAACACAGUGAACCAAAUCAAAUCAACACAUUCUCUAUUCAUCAUCCAUGGCCUCCAUCGAAACACUUACGCAAUUAGCAAACUUCUCACAGCUUUUCUCCAUCUUCCCAAUUUAAACAAACACUUUCACUACGCUUCCUCUAUAUUCGAUUCGAUUCAGAUUCGUAAUUCAUUCGUUUACGAUACUAUGAUACGAAUCUGCUCACGAAGUUCUCUUCCUCACUUGGGUUUACGAUAUUUUCGAUUAAUGGUGAAGGAAGAAGAUAUAGCUCCAAGUUAUCUCACGUUUCAUUUCUUGAUUGUUGCGUGUUUAAAAGCUUGUUUAUUCUCUGUGGGUAAUCAAAUUCAUUGUUGGGUUGUUAAAAAUGGUGUCUUUUUAUCGGAUGGUCAUGUACAGACUGGAGUUUUGAGGAUUUAUGUGGAAGAUAAAGUUUUGUUAGAUGCCCGCAAAGUGUUCGAUGAAAUUCCUCAACCAGAUGUUGUGAAAUGGGAUGUUUUGAUGAAUGGGUAUGUUAGGUGUGGUUUAGGUUCUGAGGGUUUAGAGGUGUUUAGGGAGAUGUUGGUACGAGGAGUAGAGCCUGAUGAGUUUUCGGUUACUACGGCGUUAACGGCUUGUGCUCAAGUUGGGGCUUUAGCUCAAGGGAAGUGGAUUCAUGAGUUUGUGAAGAAGAAGAGAUGGAUUGAGUCUGAUGUGUUUGUAGGAACGGCAUUGGUUGACAUGUAUGCUAAGUGUGGUUGCAUUGAGAUGGCUGUGGAAGUUUUCGAAAAGUUGACUAGGAGGAAUGUUUUCUCAUGGGCAGCCUUAAUUGGAGGAUAUGCUGCUUACGGUUAUGCAAAUAAAGCUAUUACGUGUUUGGACCGGAUGGAACGAGAAGAUGGUAUUAAGCCUGACAGUGUAGUUCUUCUUGGGGUCUUAGCUGCUUGUGCUCAUGGUGGAUUUCUUCAAGAAGGCAGAGCAAUGUUAGGAAAUAUGGAAGCUCGAUACGGAAUUACUCCAAAGCAUGAGCAUUACAGCUGUAUAGUAGAUUUGAUGUGCAGAGCUGGAAGAUUAGAUGAUGCACUUGAUCUUAUCGAAAAAAUGCCCAUGAAACCUCUUGCAUCUGUUUGGGGUGCUUUACUAAAUGGUUGUCGAACGCAUAAGAAUGUUGAACUCGGAGAACUAGCUGUUAAAAAUCUUCUUGACUUGGAGAAAGGAAAUGCAGAGGAAGAGGAAGCAGCUCUUGUUCAACUAUCUAAUAUAUACUUUAGUGUUCAACGAAAUCCCGAGGCAUCUAAAGUUCGUGGAAUGAUAGAGCAGAGGGGGAUAAGAAAGACACCAGGAUGGAGUGUGUUAGAGGUGGAUGGAAAUGUUACCAAAUUUGUUUCGGGAGAUGUGUCUCACCCAAAUCUGCGACAAAUUCACACAGUGAUUCAUCUCCUAUCUGUUGAUGCCUUGCAGAUUUUAUUUUCUAUUGAGCACCUCUCACCCGUGAUAUACACAGGAGCGCUGUCCAAAGGUUAUGUGGUAGUGGAGACGAGGAGUACUUAUGAAGGACCAAGAGGAGCUUCUGGACACGGUGCAGCAUUUGACUCCCCGAAACAGGAACUGGAGACUUAGGCAAGGCCUGAAGAAAUUGAUGAGCCUCUCAGGAAGGACCCUGAGAGUAGCGUUGUAAAGAAGUGUCUGAUUCAAACUUUACGGUAUCUGGAGACUUGGAGAGAGGAAGAGAAGUGCAUGAAGAAAACAGUAGCUACAGU